UAAAAUUGACAAAAAGAAAAUGGAGCCACAACUUCUACAGCAACUCAUCAACGCAGCUGAGAAAGCAGCCAAUAUUGCGCGUGUCUGCCGUUCCAAUGAAGCUCUGCUUAAGUUGUUGGUGCAGGAAAAAACUGGACCGGAUGCGAAUGCCCGCUUUGAACACGAUUUUAAAACCCUCGCUGAUGUGCUAAUUCAAGAAACUAUCAAACACGAUAUUUGUGAGUUGUUUCCUGCCAUGCGGGAAGGCAUUAAAGGUGAAGAGUCGCCAAACUUCACCAAUGUAGAGGGGGAGUCAGUGACUAUUGUAGUGUGCGAAACGGCAGAGGAAACAGCACAGUGUCUGGCUGCGAUACUAAAUGCUGAAGCAGCGGAAAUACUUGCUAGUGAAGUACAUCGCGAUGUUGCAUACGAAGAAGAGGUUCUUGGCGAAAUACCAGCACUGCCA